AUGGACAAAGAGGCCGGGACAUCGCUCCAGGACCGAAGCCUCUCCCGGGGCGAUGCUCGGGGCGGAGAGAGGGGCGGGAAGGACGCGGGUCCCUCCGCGGGUGGGGAGGGGAGGGCAGGCAGCGCUCCGCACCCUCCCCCACCUCAUUCAUUCGGAGACGGCGAGCGGGGAACCGGUCCCACAUCUCCGAUCCGGUCCUACAGCCACGAUCCGACCCCGCAGCUCCGAUCCGAUUCCACAGCCCCGAUCCGACCGCAAAGCCCAGAUCCGACCGCAAAGCCCCGGUCCGGCCCCACAGCCGCGGUCCGGUCCAGCCCUACAGAGAGGUCCGGCCCCACAGACCCCAUGCGGCCCCACAGCUGCGGUCCGGCCCCACAGGCCCAGUCGGGUCCCGCAGACCCAGUCCGGUACCGCAGACCUGGUCCAGCCCCUCAGCACCCCGGUCCAGCUCCACAGCCCCGAUCCAGUCCCACCGCCCUGGUACGGCUCGACCGACCCAAUCCAGCCCCACAGUCCCGGUUCGGCCCCACCGACCCGGACCGGCCCCACCACCCGGUCCGGCCACACACACCCGGUCCGGCGCCUCGGCCCCACGCUCACUCGCGGACCUCUCCGCACUCCCCCCGCCGCUGCCGCCGUCUCCUCCGCUGCCGGUACCGCCCGCCCGGUACCGCGCCCCGAGAGGUGCCGCGGCUGCAGGCUGAAGGACAUCCUGGGCCACACAUGGUAUCUUUUUUCUUUUUCCCUCUCUAUUUUGCUUCCUGUUCUACACCGCUCCUGUGGGACCCCCACCUUGAGUAG